AUGUCGCCUUCCUUCAUUUUUCGAAAAAAACCAGGCGCGGUAGCCAAGCCCUUCUCUGUGCAGAGUAUCCCCAAGAUGGCCAUGGCCAUGCGCAUCCCUUCGCGACACCUCACGACGGAAAAGGCCACCCCGACCGAGGGCAACGAGAUCCUGGCUAGGCAGCGCCUCAACCGCCCGGUCUCGCCCCACCUGGGCAUCUACAAGCUCAACCAGACCUGGCUGGGCCACUCGGCCUGGACGCGCAUCACCGGGUGCACCCUGUCGGGCGCCGCCUACGCCUACUUCGCCGCCUACCUCGUCUCCCCGCUGCUGGGAUGGCACCUCGAGAGCGCCAGCGUGGCCGCCGCUUUCAGCGCCCUCCCCGUCGUCGUCGCCGGCGGCAUCAAGCUCGCCCUCUCCUUCCCCUUCACCUACCACUUCAUCAACGGCGUGCGCCACCUCAUCUUCGACAUCGGAAAGGGCUUCACCAAAAAGGAAAUUGUCAGGGGUGAGAUUGCCCUCUGGUCCUUGAGUCUAGUCGGAAGCCUGUUUCUUGCUUUCGGCCUGUAA